AUGGACUCUGCUGGGACAUUGGCUGAAUUUUACCUCCAUAAUAUGAGACCUGAAAAUGGAGGGAGCUACAGAUGCCAGUAUUACAAAAAAUCAGAUCCACCUGGCUUGUCAGAAAAAAAUGACCCCUUGGAGCUGGUGGUGAAAGAGCUAUAUCCCAAACCCAACACCUCUAUGACUCCCAGUGAAGAGGUUACCCUGGGGGAAGAUGUGACCAUCAGGUGUUGGGAUCAGCAUGAGGACAUGACACUCCUUCUGUUCAAAGAUAGAAAGCGAACCAGGUUGCAACCACAGCCACAGGUCUCUUUUGGGAAGGUGGCUGAGUUUCACAUUUGCAGUGUGACAAAAGAAAAGGAAGGAAAAUACAGCUGCUAUUACCAGAGCAAGUCAUACCAAGAAGUUUGGUCCCAUCCCAGCAACUCUGUGAAUCUGGUGGUAGAAGCUGCAACCCCAGGAGAACCCAGAAUCCUUCACCCGGAUGGGCCUUGGUGCCAUGUUGUUGUUCCUCCUGGAGAUGGUCAUGGCUGA